CUUCCAAAACUUCAACGAUCAAAUAGCAAUUCAACCUUCGUCUUCCGCAUUCGGUGCAAAAUCCGUACAAACUGCAAAUUUCCCGUCUCGGCCGCCACGCCCUCUGGAAAAGCUGAAACACAGAUUUCUCACAACACACACUAUACAAAUAUACGGAGUAUAAUGGAUGACGGAGAUGGAGGUCUGAGCUUCGACUUCGAGGGCGGUUUAGAUUCGGGGCCCACUCACCCUACUGCAUCCGUACCCGGUAUCCAAUCAUCCGACGGGAAUGGUGCCGCCGCCGCCGUCCCGAGCGCCAAUAACCUAUCAACUGUCGCCUCAGCCCCCGCAGACGCCGCUCAUGACGUCGGAAUGGGCGGCAACCGGCGGAGCUUCCGCCAGACAGUGUGCCGUCACUGGCUGCGGGGUCUUUGUAUGAAGGGAGAUGCCUGCGGGUUCCUACACCAGUACGACAAGUCCCGCAUGCCCGUUUGCCGCUUCUUCAGGCUCUACGGCGAGUGCCGCGAGCAGGACUGCGUUUAUAAGCAUUCCAAUGAGGACAUCAAGGAAUGCAACAUGUACAAAUUGGGAUUUUGUCCAAAUGGUCCCGACUGCCGAUAUAGGCACACAAGGGUCCCUGGACCUCCACCUCCUGUAGAAGAAGUUCUUCAGAAAAUUCAGCAGGUGGCAUCCCACAACUUUGGCUACUCAAACAGAUUUUUCCAAAAUCGGAAUGCUAAUUUCGCACCGCAGGUGGAGAAGACUCAGAUUGGUCUAGGACCAAAUGUUGUGAAUCAAGCCCUCAAAGCCACAAUGAAAGGAUCCCCUAUAUCCCAACAGCAGUACCAACAACAAGUUCAACAGCCCCAACAAGGUAGUCAGGCUCCAAAUCUUUUGAAUGCACCGCAAAAUCAGGCAAAUAGGAGUGCAAUACCCCUGCCUCAAGGAACAUCUAGGUACUUUAUAGUCAAAAGCCGCAACCGUGAAAACCUGGAGUUGUCAGCCCAACAAGGAGUAUGGGCAACUCAAAGAAGCAAUGAGGCCAAACUAAACGAAGCAUUUGAUUCAGUGGAAAAUGUUAUUUUGAUCUUUUCGGUCAACGAAACUAAACAUUUUCAGGGUUGUGCAAAAAUGACUACUAGCAUUGGUGGUACUGCCAAUGGAGGAAAUUGGAAGUAUGAGCAUGGAACUGCGCAUUAUGGACGGAACUUUUCAGUCAAAUGGCUAAAACUAUGUGAACUGUCCUUUAAAAAGACCGGUCAUCUGAGAAACCCGUACAGUGAGAACUUACCAGUGAAGGUAAGCAGAGAUUGUCAAGAACUGGAGGCCUCUGUUGGUCAGCAAUUGGCUUCCCUGUUGUAUCUGGAACCAGAUAGUGAGCUUAUGUCAAUCUCCCUUGAAGCAGAGUUAAAACGGGAGGAGGAGAAAGCAAAUGGAGUCGAUCCUGAGUGCGGGAAUGGGAUUCCAGAUAUUGUCCCAUUUGAAGAUAAUGAAGAUGAGGAAGAGGAAGAAAGUGAGGAAGAGGACGAGGGGUUUGAUCAAAGUUUUGGUGCCGCAGCCCUGGGCAGAGGAAGCAGUAGGGGCAUGGCAUGGCCUUCGAUGAUGCCUUUAGGAUACAGGGCCAGGCCACUCCCUGGGAUGCAGGGCUACACAUCUGGGAUGAUGGCUGACAGUUUUUCAUACGGUGCAUUAACACCAAGAUUCUCUGGUGAUAUGAUGUUUCAUAAGCGGCCUCUGGCCAGUGGAUUUGGAAGAAGCCCUUUCAUGGGUGCUGCAGGCCUACCUAGAGCCGGUCAGCCGCCAGUGAGCAUAAGUCAAUUCCCUCCCCCGGCCAGUGGAUUUUCAAUGAUGAUGGGAGUAGGAAGAAGCCCUUUCAUGGGUGCUGCAGGCCUACCUAGAGCCGGUCAGCCGCCAGUCAGCAUAAGUCAAUUCCCUCCCCCAUCACAGCUUCCCCCAAAUUCUCCGGCUAAAGGAGAUCAAAGAGCACCAGUUAGUGAUAAAAAUGACAUAAAUCACAGGUCAAGAGAUGGCAAGUUCAGUUGGGGGGCCAGGUCUAGAUGACACGGUUCAUUACCAGCAAAAGAAAAGGCACACCAGGACGACCAGUUUGGUACAGGAAAUAGCUUUAGAAACGAUGAAGGCGUGAGUGAAGAUGAGGCAUCGAGAGGAUCAAGACAUGGAGAGGGAAAGAAGCAUGGAAAUUUGGAGAAAUUAUAAACGGUCACACGCAAUUGUAUACUUGCACAAAGUAGGUGGUUAGCAUAGCCAAAGAUGCAGCUGAGGCUAAGAAAAUCGAAUAUACAUAUAGCAACCCAACAAUGAACAUCCAGUUCAAUCUGUUUCAUUUUUUGUGUACAAUAUGAAGGAAUUACUCUAUAGCUCUGUGCAAAUGUGAGAGAAUUUUGUGCUA